UCAAAAUCAUAUGGCCCGCAGCAGUGUUGUAAACAGACAGCAUCGGAGCGCGUUUUAUUUGUCUUUCGCUCACAAUUUCUCUAUUGAUUUUGAGCGGAAUCUGAAAGAGUGACUCCAAAAACAUUAAUCAAUCAUGGAUUCGAGUGAAAAACCAUCAGCUUUGGUCAUUAGUCUGACCGAAGAAGAUCCAAGUCACACUAUAAGAAUGAUGUUGGGUGUCGAAAAUUUGCCUGAAGCGGUUAUUUUGGAUGAGGAUAUCCACGCAUAUCCUCUCCGCAUAGACACAAAAUAUUACACAGCGGAAAUCCAACUGUGCUCGCUGAAAUCAAAAACCAUUGGCAACAAAAAAUUUUCUGAUGGAGUUGGUGCUACGGUUAUUAAAUUUGAUUCUGAAAAGGAAAAAUCUUUAGAGGAAGUAUCCAGCUGGCUUCCGUUCAUCAAAGAAAUGUCUCCAGAAGUGCAGAUUUUGCUUUGCGAAAAAUGUCUGGAAGAAUCGGAGAAGGGAAUCAGCAAAUUAGAGGUGCAGCGUUGGUGUGUUGAAAACCACUUUGAGCUGGUCGAACUGAAUCCAGACAACGAGGAGGAAGAGGAAGAAGACCUUCCUGGAUUGGCGGUUACAACGGGCAUCAAAAGAGUUUUACAGGCUUUUGAGUCGCACCUCUGGCCAAACAUGCAGAUGAAAGAUGAAAGAAAUCGAGUAAAUGCCUCUUUGGCUGCUUAUCUCAACGGGUCAGCAGUGCAGGAAAAUAAUGACCCUGUGGUGGAGUUGGCGGAAAACUUGCAGGAAACACAUAUUUCUUCUAUGAUGAACAGGAUAGACCAACUUCUCGGAGCCGAGGAAGGUGCUGACGAACAUGAAAAUUUGGAAAUGGCACCAGAAAUGGAGUUUGCAAAUCUGCUUACUCGCCUUAAUGAAGUUAAGGAGCAAGCUGCAAGCCUCCCCAGUGACCAGCGGAAAAUGUGUGCAGAGCAGGUGGUGAAGGCAUUUUGGAACGCCAUUGGCGGAGAAGAGGACGAAAUUUUAGAUGAUGUCAUGCGGCAAUGCAAUGAAUUAAUUGAUAGUGAUUGAUCAAUUUUUUUUGCUUUAUUUCUCCUUAUUCAGGAACUUUUCCUUUUUCAUUAUUUAUGUGAUUAUAAAGUCAUGCCUAAAAGCAAAAAUAAAUAAUAGAGAAAAUUAUUUUCUUUAAAUCCUGCAACUCCAUACUCUAUUUUUAAUUUUUUGUGCUCAUUUUGUACUACAUUUUUACCAUAGAAUUUAUAAAAUUAUUAUUUCUUGA